GUGUUGGCUGCUGCUGAGGGGCUGGUAGGCAAGGAGGGAAUGCGUACUGCGCUCCGAAACCUGCUGCUGCUCCGAAACCCGGAGGCGACGGCCGCUGCCGCCCUGGCGGCGGUUGGCAACGGUACGGCUGCGUCGCUUCCUGCUGGCAUCUCGACGGCUGUGAGGCUCGUCCAAAGUCCAGAUUACAAAUACGGCACGGCGACGAUGUCAGAUCUUGUGAGCCUCAUUGCGGACCAGGCAGUUGAUGACGCGACGGCGGCGGCGCUGGGCGGACGUCAGGCGAUGUAUGAGGGUAUCAUGGGCUGGCUGACGACGCCGGGCGUGCCGCUGGUGGCGGCGGUGGAUGUGACGCCGCCGCCGCCGCCGGCUCCGAGCCCGCUGCUGGCGCCGCCAAGCCCAGACUCUCCGCCUCCCUCACCAUCGCCUGCUCCGCCCACACCCGCAAGCCCCUCCCCCGUGCCGCCGGACGCAUUGCCCUCUCCUCCGUCGCCUCCCGCGCCUCCGUCACCCGAGCCCUCCCCGCACCCGCCAUCGCCGCUGGCCCCAGCACCCUCGCCUCCGCUACCCGCCUCCUCCGAGACAGCAACACCGCCGCCAACACCGUCGCCAGAACCUCCGGCACCUGAAGUAAUACUUGCGUCCCCGCCGCCGCCACCACCAACACUACCUGCAGCAACGACCCCGCCAGGCACUCCGCCGCCAC